AUGGAAAGAUCCAGCACUUUCAUUCCAAGCAAAGAAAGAUGGAGGAUACAGUAUGGUACCGGCGACGCGAGGGGUGUACUGGGAACGGAUAUCGUCAGAUUUGGUGGAAUCGAUGAAGAUCAACUCGCAGUACCUAAGACGACGUUCGGCUUGGCCAUGCAUAUAUCGGCGGAUUUCAAGACUGACCCAACUGACGGAAUUCUUGGACUCGCGUUUACUUCACUCGCUGAAAACGACGUUGUUCCCCCACUUAUUAACGCCAUCAACCAGAGUAAGUUCACCACAAUUCGAAAGAAUCUCACCGUUGAAGGUACAUCGUGUAGGCGGAGAAGGCUGCCCUAUUUGUAA